AGCAGGCCCGGGAAGGCCGCGGGAGCAGCACGGAGCCGGGCGGGCGGGCGAGCCCCCAGAGGCGCCCCGGGAGCAUCAGGUGCCUCCGGCCGGGCGGCGCCUCCCGGCGAGCGCUCCGCAUCCCCGUGACCGAGCAGCCAAUCGGCAGCGCGCGGCCGCCCCCGCUCUCGCUAGCUCGCUCUCUCUCUCUCUCUCUCCUCCGGCCGCCGCCGCCGGGCUGGGAGCGGGAGCCGCCGCCGCGCUCCAUGGGGGGCCCGGACUUCUGCAGCGCCAGCGGCUCCGACCUCUUCUGGGACUGGAAUUUGACAUGGCACACAGAAAAUCCAGAUUUUACCCAGUGCUUUCAAAACACUGUUCUAAUCUGGGUUCCUUGCAUUUACCUCUGGGUUUGCUUCCCGAUCUACUUCCUAUAUCUCCGUCAUCAUGGCAGGGGUUAUAUCCAAAUGUCCAGUCUCAACAAAGCCAAAACAGCCUUGGGUCUAAUAUUAUGGAUAGUCUGCUGGGCAGACCUUUUCUACUCUUUCUGGGAAAGAAGUCAAAAUAUUUUUCUUGCUCCAGUUUUCUUUGUUAGCCCUACAGUUUUAGGCAUAACAAUGUUGCUCGUCACAUUUUUAAUACAAUACGAAAGAAUGAAAGGAGUCCAGUCUUCAGGUUUCUUGUUGAUUUUCUGGCUCAUUGCACUGUUGUGUGCCACAGUCAUUUUUAGGUCUAAAAUAUUACAUGCCUUAAAUAUGGGUGCUGAAGUUGAUAUAUUUCGUUAUGUCACCUUCUACAGUUACUUCUUCCUGGUGCUAAUACAGCUAAUACUGUCCUGCUUUCCAGAAAAACCUCCUUUGUUUUCUGAAACAGUUCGUGAUCCUAAUCCCUGCCCAGAAUCUAAUGCUUCUUUCCUUUCCAAAAUCACAUUCUGGUGGAUCACAGGGUUGAUGAUUCAGGGAUAUCGGCAACCACUGGAAGCUAAAGAUUUAUGGUCAUUAAACAAAGAGGACACAUCUGAGGAGGUAGUGCCAGGUUUGGCUAGGAACUGGGCAAAAGAAUGUGUAAAGACAAAGAAGCAACCAGUGAAACUUGUGUAUUCACCCAAAAGACCAUCAACAUCAAAUGGCUCAAAUCAUGAUGUGACUGAAGAGGCUGAAGCUUUGAUUAUCAAAACAGCUCAAAAGAAAUCUGAGGCCUCUCUGUCUAAGGUGUUAUAUAAAACCUUUGGACCAUAUUUCCUCAUGAGCUUCCUGUUUAAAGCUUUGCAUGAUCUUCUGAUGUUUUCAGGUCCGGAAAUCCUAAAAUUGCUAAUUAACUUUGUGAAUGAUAAAGAUGCUCCAGAUUGGCAAGGUUAUUUGUACACAGGGAUCCUAUUUAUAUGUACCUGUUUACAGACUCUGAUCCUCCACCAGUAUUUCCAUAUAUGCUUUGUUACUGGAAUGAGGCUCAAAACAGCAGUCAUUGGUGUUAUCUAUCGAAAGGCAUUAGUUAUCACAAAUUCUGCCAGGAGGACCUCUACUGUUGGAGAGAUUGUAAAUCUAAUGUCUGUGGAUGCUCAGAGGUUCAUGGAUUUGGCCACCUAUAUAAACAUGAUUUGGUCUGCACCUCUGCAAGUUACCUUAGCACUGUAUUUAUUGUGGCAGAAUUUAGGUCCUUCUGUGUUAGCGGGUGUGGCAGUCAUGGUCCUUUUAGUGCCAUUAAAUGCCGUGAUGGCAAUGAAGACAAAAACGUAUCAGGUAGCCCAAAUGAAGAACAAGGAUAACCGAAUCAAACUGAUGAAUGAAAUUCUCAAUGGGAUCAAGGUGCUGAAACUUUAUGCUUGGGAAUUAGCCUUCAAAGAGAAAGUACUGGGAAUCAGACAGGAAGAACUGAAAGUACUUAAAAAGUCUGCUUACCUAGGAGCAGUGGGUACAUUCACUUGGGUGUGCGCUCCUUUUCUGGUUGCUUUAUCCACAUUUGCUGUGUAUGUAAUGAUAGAUGAGAACAAUGUUUUGGAUGCUCAGAAGGCUUUUGUUUCCUUAGCAUUAUUCAACAUCCUCCGGUUCCCACUGAAUAUUCUUCCAAUGGUCAUCAGCAGUGUAGUACAGGCCAGCGUUUCCUUAAAGCGCCUGCGGGUAUUUCUUUCCCAUGAAGAGUUGGAUCCAGACAGCAUAGUCAGAGGUUCCCUCAAAGAUGCUGACGGAAGCAUAAUUGUAAAGAAUGCAUCAUUUAGUUGGUCCAGAAAUGAUCCCCCAUCAUUGAACAGCAUUGAUUUCACCGUACCCGAAGGCUCCCUGAUUGCUGUUGUUGGCCAGGUUGGCUGUGGAAAAUCUUCUUUGCUAUCUGCACUGCUAGGAGAGAUGGAAAAAAUAGAAGGUUAUGUGGCUGUCAAGGGCUCCAUAGCCUAUGUUCCUCAACAGGCCUGGAUACAGAAUGCAACUCUGAAGGGCAACAUUAUCUUCGGCAGGGAGACGAAGGAAAGCCACUAUAAACGUGUGGUUGAGGCUUGUGCACUUCUCCCCGACAUAGAGAUCCUUCCUACAGGAGACGGAACAGAAAUAGGAGAAAAGGGGGUGAAUCUAUCUGGAGGACAGAAGCAGAGAGUCAGCCUCGCUCGGGCUGUUUACUGUAAUGCAGAUGUAUAUUUAUUUGAUGAUCCUUUGUCUGCUGUUGAUGCCCAUGUUGGAAAACACAUUUUUGAAAAAGUUAUUGGACCAAAGGGAAUCCUGAAAAACAAAACUCGGGUAUUAGUAACCCAUGGGGUCAAUUAUCUGCCCCAGAUGGAUACAAUUAUAGUGAUGGUUGAUGGUGAAAUAUCUGAAAUGGGCUCUUACCAGGAGCUGCUGAAGCAGGAUGGGGCCUUUGCGGAGUUUCUUCGCACAUAUGCUAAUGCCGAACAGAAUGUGGAGAAUGCGGAUGCAAGUAGUCCAACUGUGAAGGAAGGAAAGCGAAUGGAAAAUGGAGUUCUUGUAAAUGAAGCCUCAGGAAAACAGAUCAAUAGACAGCUCAGUAACUCAUCUACAUACAGUGGAGAAACAGGGAAAUCUUUGCAGCAGAAUAGUACAACAGAGCUCCAGAAGGCAGCAGAAGACAAAAAUACUUGGAAACUAACAGAGGCUGACGCAGCAAAAACUGGAAGGGUAAAGGCAGCAGUGUACUGGGAAUACAUGAAGGCAAUUGGACUUUUAAUCUCUUUCCUGAGCAUCUUCCUUUUUAUAUGCAACCAUAUAGCCUCCCUGGCCUCCAACUACUGGCUAAGUUUAUGGACUGAUGAUCCUGUUAUCAAUGGAACCCAGCAGCACACACACCUCAGGCUGGGAGUGUAUGGGGCACUGGGAAUUUCUCAAGGUAUUGCUGUGUUUGGCUACUCAAUGGCUGUGUCCAUAGGGGGGAUAUUUGCUUCACGAUACCUGCACCUUGGCCUACUUCACAAUGUCCUUAGGUCUCCAAUGAGUUUCUUUGAACGAACGCCUAGUGGGAAUUUAGUGAACCGGUUUUCUAAGGAGAUGGAUACCAUUGACUCUAUGAUACCUCAGAUUAUCAAAAUGUUUAUGGGCUCCCUGUUUAAUGUCAUUGGGGCCUGCAUCAUCAUCUUGCUGGCCACACCAUUAGCUGCUGUUGUAAUUCCACCCCUGGGAUUCAUCUACUUCUUUGUGCAGAGAUUUUAUGUGGCCACCUCUCGCCAGUUGAAACGUUUGGAAUCUGUCAGUCGCUCUCCGGUCUAUUCUCACUUCAACGAGACCCUUUUGGGGGUCAGUGUCAUUCGAGCCUUUGAAGAACAGCAGCGUUUCAUACGGCAGAAUGACACGAAAGUGGACGAGAAUCAGAAAGCUUACUUCCCCAGCAUUGUCGCAAACAGAUGGCUGGCUGUCCGGCUGGAGUGCGUGGGGAAUUGUAUUGUUCUCUUUGCGGCACUGUUUGCAGUGAUUGCUCGCAAAAGCCCGGGACUAGUUGGUCUCUCUGUGUCCUAUUCCCUGCAGAUUACAACAUACCUAAACUGGCUGGUCCGCAUGUCUUCUGAGCUGGAAACAAACAUUGUUGCUGUGGAAAGAAUCCAAGAGUAUUCUGAAAUGGAGACAGAGGCUGAAUGGAGCAUUGAGCACACUGCUCCUCCAAGCACCUGGCCUCACGAAGGGAAAGUGGAAUUCAGAGGCUAUGGUUUACGUUACCGGAAGGACUUGGACUUGGUUCUGAAAAAUAUAAAUGUUACCAUAAAUGGAGGCGAGAAGGUAGGAAUAGUUGGAAGAACAGGAGCUGGGAAAUCCUCUCUCACUUUAGGCUUAUUUCGAAUCAAUGAAUCAGCUGAAGGACAAAUCAUUAUUGAUGGAGUUGACAUUGCAAAAAUAGGGCUCCACGAUUUGCGGUUCAAGAUCACUAUUAUUCCUCAGGAUCCUGUCCUGUUUUCUGGUUCUUUGCGUAUGAAUCUUGAUCCUUUUGACCAAUACUCUGAUGAAGAAGUUUGGACAUCUUUAGAACUGGCUCACUUGAAAAGUUUUGUAUCAUCUCUUCCUGACAGACUUAAUCACGAGUGCUCUGAAGGUGGAGAAAAUCUAAGUGUUGGACAGCGUCAGUUGGUGUGCCUUGCUCGAGCUCUGCUUAGAAAGUCCAAAGUUCUGGUUCUAGAUGAAGCCACGGCAGCGGUUGAUCUUGAAACUGAUGAUCUUAUACAGUCAACAAUAAGGACUCAAUUUGAAGGCUGCACUGUUUUGACUAUAGCACAUCGUUUAAACACUAUUAUGGACUAUACAAGAGUUAUAGUCCUUGAUAAAGGUGAAGUUGCAGAGUGUGAUUCACCAGCCAAUCUACUGCAGAAGAAAGGCAUUUUCUAUAAUAUGGCCAAAGACUCUGGUUUGGUGUGAUAAAGAGCUUGUCUGGUAUGGGGAAAGGGCAGUGGAGACUGACAUCUUGAACUAUAACUUGCAUUAUACAGUUACUCGAACCAAAACCCAGACCCAGAAAAGUCAAAGUGACCAUGAAGAUGGAAGUAACGUUAAAAAUGCAAUGUGUUCUUUUUUUUUUCCUUCAGGUUUGAUUUUUGCAAAUGUACUCCAGUCAAAGGCUACAGUACUGAGCUAUAGACCAAAUGUCAUAGACUUUUUUUAAUCAUCUUUUGCCUCAAAUCCAUCAAACGACAGCAAAAAGUAUAUUUACAUGACUCCUCUAGAAGCAAGGGAAUUCCUUUUUUUUUUCUGACUUGUGCUCUUAUAUUCUGAAGCCCUUUUGUUUAAAGGCCUAGCUGCUUGCUCAGUUGAUUACUUAGCAUUUUUAAGAACCAUUUCUUGUGGGAUGCAUCCGGGAUGCAUUUUCUGGCCCAAAUGUGGCCCAAAAAUGUGAUUUCCUGUGAGAGAUUGCUGCGUGCCAGUUUAUGGCACUUCCCAUAUAUGAUCAUUGCUUUGUAUAAAAUAUUUAACAAGAUGCACAAUGUUUACACUUAGCAGCAAGUUCAUAGGAAUUUCCACUUUUUCUUGAUGUGGAAAAACACAGCCAUAGUCAAAAUAGUAAUUGAGCAGGUAUGAGAUGCCAGUCACUCCAAAACCAAACACCUUACAACAUGUCCUGGAAUAUUAAGUCCUCAGUUUUGCACUCCUUGUUAAUUUGGUAGUUGCUCAUGUGAGAGGUCCUACCUAAAGAGGCUCUUGUGAGUGAAGGAUUUUACAUGAGUGAAGGUUGCAGAGUCAGGUACACUGUAAUAACAGCUGUAGUAUUACUGGCCUUGGUAUAUUUGUCUUUUUAACUUGAGCCCUGCCACGUUUGAGGACAGUUAGCUUUAUAACAGGGUGUGGUGGGGGGAAAGCCCUGCUUAAAGGGUGUUACUAUUAAAUCAUGUGCAAAAUGUUCUGUUACUGUUCCAAAAAUGUAUCUAUGUUUUCACUGUUUUAAGUGUAUGCCAAGAAGGUUCUUACAGAACUUAAUUCAUGAUGGCGUCCAGUUUGCCAGAUUCUUGUUACAUGUUUAGUUUUUUACGGGAGAGAAAUAAAAAGGAAAGAAACGGUAUUUCUCACAUUCUAAACAGUCUUAUUUCAGUUUGUAGAGGGAAAAAAAUUCUAAAGAAUCCAGCCUGACUUCAAGUGGAUUGAAAUGUUCAUCACUCCAGGAAUGUGGACUUUUGAGAAUUGCUGCUGACCAUAAUACUAGACAAGUGUCUUGUCUUAGAGUAAAACUAUUUAUUUUUUUUGUAAAUUAUCACUCUUGAAAAUUUAAGACAGAUUUUUCUUUGGUAUUUUUUGUAAUGACUAUAUUGGAAAUAUGAAUAUUUGCAAAAAAACUUGCAGUAAACUUCUUUGUUUGGACUUUU